AUGCUGCUGCCGCUGCUGCGGAGUAGCUGCUUCCCUUCCUCCUCUCCCGGCGGAGGCAGCGGCGGCGGCAGCGGCGGCGGCUUGGACGCGGGCGCAGGGGACCGGCCGGAGGCACAGCUGCAGCGCGGAAUCCGCGGGCUGUCGGGGCCGCUAGAGCGGGCGGACAGGCGGGCCGGGGGCGGCGGCGGCCUGGGCGCGGGCUCCCCGGCGCUGUCGGGCGGCCAGGCUCGCCGGAGGAAGCAGCCCCCCAGGCCGGCCGACUUCAAGCUGCAGGUCAUCAUCAUCGGCUCCCGUGGCGUGGGCAAGACCAGCCUGAUGGAGCGCUUCACCGACGACACCUUCUGCGAAGCCUGCAAGUCCACCGUGGGUGUUGACUUUAAAAUCAAAACCGUAGAGCUACGAGGAAAGAAAAUCAGAUUACAGAUCUGGGACACAGCAGGGCAGGAGAGAUUCAACAGCAUUACCUCAGCUUAUUACAGAAGUGCCAAGGGGAUCAUACUAGUAUAUGAUAUCACUAAGAAGGAGACUUUUGACGAUUUGCCAAAAUGGAUGAAGAUGAUCGAUAAGUAUGCCUCAGAGGAUGCAGAACUUCUCCUAGUUGGAAAUAAGCUGGACUGUGAAACUGACCGAGAAAUCACCAGGCAGCAGGGAGAGAAGUUCGCACAGCAGAUAACUGGGAUGCGGUUCUGUGAAGCAAGUGCCAAGGACAACUUCAACGUGGACGAAAUAUUUCUGAAGCUGGUUGAUGACAUUCUGAAAAAGAUGCCUCUGGAUAUUUUAAGGAACGAGUUGUCCAAUAGUAUCCUCUCAUUACAACCAGAACCCGAGAUUCCACCAGAACUGCCUCCACCUCGACCACACGUUCGAUGCUGUUGA